ACCGGCAAGCAGACGACAGAUCACAACGUUGAACGUCGUCUGCAGAUAGUUCGGCAGUUUGCUUUUGCCGUUACUGCCGUGAAUCUAUUUCUGAUCAUUCACAGAUUGCACUUUAUCGACACGUAGCUCUUCGUACGACGAGACGAGACACAGCGAACGAAUUCAUCGCCGAAAUGGAAUAACCGUGGAUAAAUGUAGCCGAAGUAGAAAAAAAAAAAAAACCAAAAAUGGAUCGCAUAAUAAUACUCGUGGCGAGUAUCCACCUUUUUUACUGCCCUUUUACCAAAGUUGAAGAGAGUUUCAACCUACAGGCGAUGCACGAUAUCCUCUACCACGGUUUUAACCUAACAGAAUACGAUCAUCGUGAGUUUCCUGGAGUUGUGCCAAGAACAUUUCUGGGUCCAAUCAUGAUCUCCUGUGUUGCUACGCCCUUUGUUGCAGCUGUUGAUUACCUCAAUCUCAGCAAAUUCUUCUCCCAAUAUGUCGUGAGAGCUGUGCUGGGCCUGAUGGUAAUAACCACGCUACGACUGUACAGGCAGGCGUUACAGCAAAUAUUUGGUCUCCAGUUUGUCAAAUGGUUUGUUGCAAUCACCAUAACGCAGUACCACUUCAUGUAUUACCUGAGCCGUCCUUUGCCAAACAUCAUGGCCAUGCCUCUAGUUCUGCUCGCACUCUACGGUUGGCUCAGGCAAGACCAUGUAACGUUCAUCUGCUCAUCAGCGGCAGCCAUCAUUGUAUUCAGAGCCGAAUUAGCUAUGCUAUUGGGACUAUUUCUCAUCCAUGACUUAGCCAGUAUGAAACUCACGAUACCGAGAUUGCUCAAAAUAUCGAUACCCUCGGGCAUUUUGUGUCUGGGAAUCACCGUGAUCGUAGAUUCGAUUUUUUGGAAUCGUCCGUUGUGGCCCGAGGGUGAAGUCUUCUACUUCAAUACGAUUCUCAACAAAAGUAGUCAGUGGGGUACGUCGCCAUUUCUUUGGUACUUUUAUUCUGCUUUGCCUCGCGGUCUGGCUUUCUCGUACCUUUUCAUACCACUGGGAAUGAUGUGGGACAAGAGAGUGCGCGCUCUAACUAUUCCCGGAAUUUUGUUCGUCCUACUUUUCUCUUUUCUACCGCACAAAGAAUUGAGGUUUAUUAUAUAUGUCUUCCCGCUUUUGAACAUUGGAGCAGCGGCAGCUUGUCAUAGAAUAUGGGAGAACAGGGCAAAAUCAUCAUGGAACGGAUUUUUCGCACUGGCUGUUCUUGGCCAUCUGAUUUUGAAUGCCAUAUUCUCUAUGUUUCUGCUUUGCGUGGCGGGCUCCAACUAUCCUGGAGGUUUGGCUAUUGCCAGAUUGCAUCGAUUAGAGAGAGAUGCUGUUGAACCGAUACACGUGCACAUAGAUGUCCUAACUGCACAGACUGGAGUCUCUAGGUUUACGCAAACCAACAAAGACUGGAUAUAUUCCAAACAAGAGAAUAUAACAAUUGACAGUCCUGAGAUGCUGCAAUUCACACAUUUGCUAAUGGAAGCUAAAAGUAAAUAUUCGCCGAACAUAAAACCGUACAUGAAAACUCACGAUAUAUUAGACUCGGUUGACGGUUUCUCUCAUAUCACAUUAAACUACAACGGUAUACCGCCGAUAAAGAUAAAAACAAAACCCACUAUUUUUAUAAUGAAGCGAAAAGCCAAUGUUAAAUAUGAUCCGAUAAAAACCAAAGUUAAGAGAGAUCUGAACGACGGAUUAACAGACUUUGAAGAUGAUGCUGAAAACGUUCCUCUGAAUUCUGAUAGUACUCAUCAAGAUCUGGGUAAGAUAGGAUUUAUAUUCGAAGACAUUGAGGCGUCAUUAGAGGCUAUUGGAAAACCAUUGGAGCAAAUAUCAAGUGAUUUGUUGCCAAAUGAAAAUGUAGUAAUUGUUACUGACAAAUCAGACAUAAAUUCAAAUGAUAUCUUAGAUUAUUCUACACCGAGCACUGAGAAUGUGGGUGAAAUUAAUAUGAAAAUAGAAGAGAAAAGUAAUAGUGAAUCGAUGGAGAGAAUGGACACAUCUAAUGAUGUAGGGUCUAAAAAAUACAACAACCUUUUGCAGAAAACAGAAAACGAUAUUGAGCUAGAUGAUGAUCCAGACACGACUGAAGAAGUCUUUGUAGUAAAAACAAGUAAUUCUGGCGAAUGCGAUGCACGUAUCGAAGAUGAAGCAUUGCAUGAACAAGCUGCAAGCAGUAGCAAAAUCGACCAGCAAAUAUCAGGUAGCUUGAAGAAAUCGAUGAAAAAAUUAAUCAAGAAGAAGAUGGGAGAAGCUAAAUCUAAGAAAGAAAGCUCCAGCGACAACGAAUUAGAAGGGAACCAAGAACAUGAUAAGAGUGAUGUAAAAAUAAUGAAACGUAAUCUACCUUCAGUGUCACAAAAAAUGAAGUCUGUGUUGAAACAGGAGUCUAAAGAAAAGAACGCAAUUUCAACGGAGAGGGCAAAAGUACACAAAGAAAACGUCAUUCAUGUCAAGGAGAGCAUCAGAAAUAUAAUAAAUCAGUUUAAGGAAUUUGAAAAGGAUUUAGCCUCUGAAGAUCCCAUGUCUCUGAAGAAAUGGUCAAACGAUGAAUUAAGCGACUAUUCAACAGAAUACAUUGAAGAAAUUGGAGCCGCAUCUUUAGAGGAAAAUAUUGUUGAAAUGGAUAAAUAUAUUGUUGAAACGCAGGAUAUUGAAGCGGUGAAAGGAGCAAGAGAAAAUUUGAAACAAAUUAUUGAUCAGUUUAAGGAGCUAAAGAAUGAAUUAUCUUCCGAUGAAGAUGAUCGGUUCGAUCAGAUAUCCGCUGAUUACAUAAACAGACCAAUUUCAGAGACUUUGAUGCUAUUCAGCGAAGCGUUAAAAGACUUGGUAGCACGUAGAAAAGAAAGAGCAGCUAAAUUGACUUUUGAAAUUGAAACUGAGCACCGAUUGAAAAAUAAUGAUCCGCUGAACGAUGAGUCAGUACAUAAUCAAAAAAAUGUGAAUUUACAGGCUGAAAUGAACAAAAAGCUUAAAUCAAAAAUUGCGGAUAAUGACGAUUCGGAAACUGCACAAAUUCGACAAUCCUCUGCUUCCUCGAAUGCAGAUUCGACUGAAACACUUGUGGAGAACGUGGAAGUUUCCGAGAAAACAGAAAAGACCGAAUUUAAAUCACAACGCAGGACCACAACAGAAGAGAGAUUUCUUGAGGUGGAAAAUCAAAAGACAGAGCAGAACGAAAACAAAGUUUUGAAUACUUGAUACCAUGAUAAUACGUAACUAGU